UCUCAUGGAAUUCUCUAAUUGGUGGUUAUGCUUAUCAUGAGAAAAGUUUUGAUGCUUUAAAUUCUUACCAAAGGAUGCUGUGGGAUGGAUUUUGUCCUGACAUUAGUUCGAUUGUUAGCUUGCUUUCUUCAUGUGUACAGCCGGAGGCAGUUUUUCAAGCGUAAGCGACAGAAGCUGUGUUACAUGGACUGCAAUAAUCAGUGGUUAUGCUGAGAAAGGAAAUAUGGAGGAAGCGUUGAAACUGUUUAAUGCUAUGGGAGCAGCCGGUGAGAAACCUGAUUUGAUUACUGUACUGUCUGUGAUUUCAGGUUGUGGCCAAACCGGAGUUCUUGAAAUUGGAAAGUGGAUUGAUGCCUAUGCAGAUUCUAAUUGUUUAAAGCAUAACGCUAUUAUUUGCAAUGCGUUGAUAGACAUGUAUGCAAAAUGUGGAAACAUAGAUGAUGCGUGGUAUAUCUUCACUACUAUGCCUGAUAGAACCGUUGUCACUUGGACAACCAUGAUUGCUGGAUGUGCUCUUGGUGGACUAUUUGAAGUGUCUUUAGAUCUUUUUAACCAAAUGGUGUACUCCGGACUGAAGCCAAAUCACAUUACGUUCCUUUCCGUACUUCAAGCUUGUACUCAUGGCGGUUUUCUUGAGAAAGGAUGGGAGUGCUUCAAUAUGAUGACUGAAAUCUACAAAAUAAACCCAGGAUUAGAUCAUUAUUCCUGCAUGGUAGAUCUCCUCGGACGUAAAGGAAAGAUUAAAGAGGCGUUUGAGUUUGUUCAAGCAAUGCCUAUCAAACCCGAUGCUGCCAUUUGGAGCUCAUUGCUCAGUUCCUGCAAGAUAUACCAAAAUGUUCAGAUUGGUGAAUAUGCAGCUCAUCGAGUUAUAGAAAUGGAGCCACAUGUGUCGUAUCCAUAUGUGGCUUUGGCAAACAUAUAUGCAUCCGCCGGAAGAUGGAAUGGAGUUGCAAGGAUAAGAACAAUGAUGAAAAAUAAAAGGGUGAUAAAGUCUCCAGGACAAAGCUUACUAGAAAUAAAUGGGAAAACUCAUGCAUUUACUGUUGAAGACAGAGGUCAUUAUAAUGGGGAGCUUAUAUAUGAUAUUUUGGACUGUCUGGUUUUGCAAUCAAAGGAUGACGAGACAUCACAGCAGUUAGAUUCUACUCUGGAGCAUGUGUUAGAAAGCAUCAGUUAGCUCUUCCAAGGUGAGUGUUACAAAAAGAAAAAUUUCUCUUCACAAUAUAAUGGAGUUAGAGGUUAGUUAUUUGGUAUGUGAGUGUUUAUCUCAUACAACCGUUGCGUCAUGUCAUUUUUACAACAAGUCAAUGAGCAUUUGCGAUAGGAUAUUUUUUUAAUUAUUACUUUUUUUUUAUCAUUCAAUUUUCCAUAUGGCUAACACACUAUUAGUGUUUGCACGAGUGACAUGGUGCAACGGUUGUGUUGUAUAAUUUUCUAUAAUUCAACGGGAUCACAGAGUCAGUGGUACUAAACUUUUAACUUCUAGUUUAGUUUGAUACUAAAACUUCAAUUUAUAUUAAAGUGGUAUCAUAAUUUCAAGUUUUA